GGGAAACACCGAAAUGUUUGAAGUUUCUGACUAUUUCUCGCCGAAAUAAGCGCCAGGGUGGAAUGGGAACACGGUGUGUCGUGGUUUGCGUCACAUCCCCCUGGCCGGAGGAAUGUAGAGACGGAGUGCUUUAAAAAUAGCAUCCUCUCCUCUGACAGCGCUGCUCCGGUGGCUCCGCAGCACUGUGGAGCGAGAAGCAGGAAUGCGAAGAUGGCUGCAGACCUCGGAGAGCUGCUGGUCCCAUACAUGCCCACCAUCAGAGUGCCCAGGACAGGAGACAGGGUUUUCAAGAGCGAGUGCGCCUUUUCCUUCGACUCUCCCGAGUCAGAGGGAGGCCUGUAUGUGUGUAUGAACACAUUCCUGGGCUUCGGACGGGAACACGUGGAGAGACAUUAUCGCAAAACAGGACAGAGCGUUUACAUGCACCUCAAACGACAUGUUAAAGAGAAAGCCACAGGAGCUGCAGGAGGCGCUAUCCCCAGACGAAGAAAUGGAAAAGUGUUUCUAGAUUUAGAGCUAAACCGCGAUUUUAACGGGGAGGACUAUGAAUAUGAAGACGAGGCCAAGCUUGUCAUUUUUCCAGACCACUUCGAGAUCCCUUUACCAAAUAUUGAGGAGCUGCCCGCUCUGGUGACCAUCGCCUGUGACGCAGUGCUCAACGCACCAUCAGCUUACAAGAAGCAGGAGCCUGAAUCCUGGGAGGAGGAGAUCCAGGUAUCCAGACAUGCCAGGAGCCUCAGACAGCUGGAUAAUGGGGUCAGGAUCCCACCCAGUGGCUGGAAGUGUCAGAAGUGCGAGAUGAGAGAAAACCUGUGGCUGAACCUGACAGAUGGAGCCGUGUUCUGUGGGAAGUGGUUCUUUGAUGGGAGCGGAGGAAACGGCCACGCUCUGGAGCACUACAAAGAGACCAAAUAUCCCCUGGCUGUCAAACUGGACACCAUCACCCCAGAUGGAGCAGAUGUCUACUCAUUUGAGGAGGAGGAAGCCGUGUUGGACCCCCACAUAUCAGAACACUUGUCACACUUUGGAAUAGACAUGUUACAGAUGCAGAAAAGAACAGAAAAUGGCCACCACACAGACAAUAACGCCCGGCCGCGGGUCAGUGAGUGGGAGGUGAUCCAGGAGUCGGGCAUGAAGCUGAAAGCGGUGUUUGGUUCUGGUUACACCGGCAUCAAAAACCUGGGAAACAGCUGCUACUUCAGCACAGUGAUGCAGGUCCUCUUCAGCAUCCCUGACUUUCAAAGGAUGUAUGUGGGUAAUCUUCAGAGGAUAUUUGACUAUUCACCCCUCGACCCCAGCCAGGACUUCGCCACACAAAUGGCUAAACUGGGACACGGACUGCUGUCAGGCCAGUACUCCAAACCACCCAUGAAAUCUGAGCUCAUUGAACAGGUGAUGAAAGAAGAAUACAAGGUAUUAAACUGGCACCAGCAGAGGGGCGUCUCUCCUCGGAUGUUGAAGGCCCUGGUCAGCAGGGGACACCCAGAGUUUUCCUCCAAUAGACAACAAGAUGCUCACGAGUUCCUCCUGCACAUCAUUAACUUGGUGGAGAGGAACAGCGCAGGCUCGGAGAAUCCAAGUGACGCCUUCCGCUUCCUGGUGGAGGACCGAGUUCAGUGCUGCCAGACGCGUCGGGUUCGUUACACUCAGCGGGUGGACUACUGCAUCCAGCUGCCAGCUCCCAUUGAGGCGGCCACCAAUCGAGAGGAGCUUCUGGCAUAUGAGGCCAAGCGGAGGGAUGCUGAGGAGAACAUGCGGGCUCCUCCUGAGCCGGUCAGGGCAAGGAUCCCCUUCACCGCCUGCCUGCAGGCCUUCACAGAGCCGGAGAACGUCCCGGACUUCUGGAGCUCAGCACUGCAAGCCAAGUCAGCCGGAGUCAAAACCUCCCGUUUCGCCUCCUUCCCAGAGUAUCUGAUUGUGCAGAUCAAGAAGUUCACAUUCGGGGUUGACUGGGUGCCGAAGAAGCUAGACUUGGCCAUAGAUGUUCCAGACUUUCUGGAUCUGAGCCGGCUGCGGGCUUCAGGGCUGCAGGCGAGUGAAGAGGAGCUGCCUGACCUCAUGCCUCCCAUCGUGCUGCCUGAAGACACCAGAGAUAACUCCAUGGGCUCCUCAGACUCUCCAGAAAUAGACGAGGCGGCAGUAAUGCAGCUGGCAGAGAUGGGCUUUCCGCUGGAGGCCUGCAGGAAGGCAGUCUACUACACAGGCAACAUGGGCCCCGAGAUGGCCUUCAACUGGAUUAUAGCCCACAUGGAGGAGCCUGACUUUGCAGAACCUCUCACUCUGCCCUCCAUGAUGGAUCCCGGUCCCUCCACCAGCGACAGCCCCAUGGGUGCCACCCCGCUGGCCAACUCGCCCCCCGAGGAGAGCAUCGCCAUCCUCACUUCAAUGGGCUUCCCCCGCGCUCACAGCAUCCAGGCACUCAAAGCCACGAACAAUAACCUCGAGCGAGCACUCGACUGGAUUUUCACCCACCCAGAGGAGGAGGAGAGUGACGCCCUCUCAGACAUGGCGGACACGGAGCCCAACGACAACGCUUUCUCCAACGCCAACUCACACAGCGACUCCACGCUGUCCCCAGACAGAGACACAUCGGGCCCACGGGUCAAAGACGGACCGGGACGUUAUGAGCUCUUUGGUUUCAUCAGUCACAUGGGAGCAUCCACAAUGUCGGGACAUUAUAUUUGUCACAUCAAGAAGGAGGGAAGGUGGGUGAUCUACAACGACCACAAAGUGUGUCUGUCAGAAAGGCCUCCAAAAGACUUGGGCUACAUCUACUUUUACCAUCGACUGUCUAGCAGUUAAACUGAAGUUACCGCCUCCUCCACCAUGCAACCUUUUAAAGAACCGCAGUCUUUCACCCGUAAGACUGGCAGACAACUAUAAUAACAGCCACAGUGAAAACGAUGGAAAUAACCUCUCAGACCAGCUGCUCGCCUUACUGUGAUGUCAUUCAGGAGCAAACCAGGAACUCUGGUCAGAAAAAGGAAAGCAAUGUGCUUUUUGUGCAAUUGUGUUACGUUCUGCUUUAAAUGUAUAUUUCAGUGUUUAUGUUUAAGAAAAAGAAACGGUUUUCUUGACAGUGCAGGUGCAGAGGGAUGUGUGCAAUUUCCACUUCUGCACACAAAAUAAUGUCACAUAUCAAAUCUCAUUGUUCCUCCUCUAUGCCUUCAGCUGUUGUGCCAGUAUUUUCGAAGGGGUACAUUUUAUAAAUGUAUAUUGAAAUGGCUUCACUGCCAGCCCUGAAAUGCUCCGAAACUGCAACAAGAAAUUACUGUGCUGCUGGUGGUUUUGCAUUUUGCUUUGAAAUACAAAAGAACGUUUUUAAUCCCCAGAAACGGAAAAGACGUUAAGAAUUAAACCAUUUUUUUUUCAGACGCUGAGAGAAAUCACUAAUAUAAUGUAAGUUCAGACUGAAGGAGAGCACCGAGAGGCUGUGAACAGGUGUUAACUAGACUGUAGUUAAAAAAAAAAGUAUCACCGUAUCACCGGUUGAGUAAUGGCUCAGACCUGCUCCAGUUCUACCUGAAGGUGAAGUUUGUUUUGUUUGAUAAGAAACUCUCUGAGGUAAACUGGCUGAGUUUUCAAGAUAGACGUAUUUUCCUUCCCUGAAAGCACUUUCUGACCAAAACAAGUUCAUUUGUCGCAACCGAUGCAGUUAAAGUGAACUUUUUAUUCACCAGCUAUAAGCAAUUGAAUGUGAUAUCUUAAAUGUCAACUUCAGUACUGCUGAACCCUUGAAGUGGCCGUUAGUCUAUGAAGAGACGACAACAGUGCGUAAAAUAAAUGCAAAAUAAAGGCAGUGCUGAUUCUAAGAUCACUAUUGAAUCACAAGAGCAGUGAUCUCUUAAUUUGCCCACAUUGCAAGAUAUUGCUAUAGUAAAACUUUAUCUCUCAGCUGCAGCCGGUCCACUUUGGUUCCUUUAUCACCCUGACAGAUUCAGACUGUGACUUAAAAGUUACAAUGAAUGUUUUCACCUCACCUGUUGCCACUUUUUUACAGGUCAGUUAAUUCAUUUAUGCAUCUGAACUGUUUUUAAAGCAAUAUAUGCAACCACAACCAAAACUGCUUUUAAACUUGCUGUAUGAUCAAAGCUGUAUGGUGAUCCACUCACAGAUUGUGGUGCAGUGCUGAAUGUAUAACUUCAUGGUGCUCACUGCAACCAGAACCUCCUGUUCAGCUUUAAUACAAAACCACAGUGAACGAGAACUGGCCCUUUGCUGUUUAGUCACUAUAAAUAACCUCAUGCUGGAUUAUCAUCCACCGACACUCUACUCUCCUCAUUUAUCUACUCAGUAUGUUCCUGUUGUGCCGGACAGAUUCAGCGUAGAUAUUAUGUGGUUGUUUGUCAAAUAUGUGUAAAUUUACAGCUGCACAAACACUUAAUUCCAGUUUGGUGAUCUUGGCAUGUUCAGUGUUGCACUUUUGGGUGCAUAUUUUAAAGGGGAGUUCUGCUUAAAAUAGACUUUCUGAGCAUUACAGUUUUACAUUUUUAAGUGAUUUUGAAGUCAUUUCCGCUCAUAUUCAAAAAGAGGAUGAUCCUUUGAGAGUAUAUUGACAUUUCUUAGAGGGCUGAAGAAACAAAAGGAGACUUGUUUUGAUGCAUAUCUGGUAAACAUCAAAAACUGUGGGAGGUAGUGGAGACAUAUGUAAAAUGUCUUCAGUCAAUCAGGCUAUGCGUUUUCGCACCUGAUUCUCGAGACAUAUUGUGGAAUUUCCCGUUCACGCAUGUAGCACACAACAGGAAAUUAUCAGUGUCAGAAGCAUUCUCACCUGCUGGUUUAGGUACUGGUUGUUUGGUUUAAAUAAGGGGUGGCGCCUGAAUUGAGCGUGCAGGCAGCAGGACGUGACAAUUACACAUAACCAGUUUUUAAUUUGGUCAUAAACAACUGUUGUCAUUCCUUGAAUUUGUCUGACGAUUUUAAUUUCAGCCCUUACUGACAGAAGUUCCUGAAUCACUUUUUCUUUACCCGCACAUGUUUUCAUGUAACUUCUUGUUCACGGUGAAUUCUCUUGAUAAUUUUCUCUAUUCACACAUGGGCUCAAUCAUACAUGACACAAACUUUGCAUUCGGGAGCUGGCAGAAUAAAGUCUGUUUAGUAUCUGAUCCAGCUGAUUCAGACAUUUAUGUUCUCGCAUACAGCUCCUCCGGGUAAUGUUUAGAUAAUUGCAGGUUUAUAGUGCACGUGUAAAAGGUCACAAGUGUCUUCUUGAGGGUUAAUAUCUUUACAGACAAAAUAAAAUGUUUAUGGAAGCUUUCAGAUAAAUGUCCAUUUUACAGAAUACAUGUUUCAGCAGCGCUCCCCUUUAACAACACUGUGCCUGGACUUCCCUGAGCAAAACUUCAGUUUUAUUAUAUCUCGACCUCUCAUCUUCAUCAGAUACUACUUGAUAAACUGCUGCAGUGUUUUUUGUCUAUGCAGCGGGGAAUUCUAAAAGGUCUCUCUAUGCAAGUCUUGUGUUUCCACCGUUCUUCCCGUAAAAAGUCAUUUUGUCAGAAACCAAAUGUAUCCUGUCAAACCCCGUCUGUGAUCACUGUCUCUGCCCUUCAUCAUCAAUGAAUGGGUCAUAAUCUUGUCGUCUUGCUCAAUGAUGUUUGGUCAUAAAUGUCUUCAGAUUUUCUGUGCAAUUAAUUUUAUUUCUCAGCACCUUUUGUCCCCUGAACCCCUCCCAUCCUCCUGAUUACGUUAUCGUCGUUUUGUUCCAGCUUUCCCUCCAGCUCGGUCUCCUCCAUUCUUUUUCUCUACGUUAUUAAAAUGUUACGGUUCAAUUUGUCAAAAAAAAGGCUUUUUCACUGUCAGCAUGUGCACUAGACGUUGACAUUUAGUCAUUUGGAUUGUACAAGUGUACUUUUGUGAGUUGUAUUCUCUUUUUUCAUUUAACUAAAUGUCAAAAAAAAAGGUUCUUCACCUGUUUUUACUCUGUUGCCUUUUUGCAAACAAGUUUGUGCCAAUUCUGUAGUUUUCAUUACAUAGAUUUCCUGAAGGGAAUAUUUUAAGUUGACUUUUGUAAUGUAUGCAUUUAUCCAAAUGUGGCUUAGGUGUAUGUGAAUAGAGUCAUGACAGUAUACUCAGUGGCACUGUUUACUUACAAUGUUUGGAUAAUUUAAUAAACUACACCUUUGUUGAGACUUGGCCUCUUUAAAAAAGAA